UUUCAGCAUGUUAGUUGUUCUCUCCCGGGCAGGAUAGGUAAGAACAGACAGCACCUGAAUAUGUUGUGGAAGUUUGACCAUAAUUGUUCUUUAAAUGGGCUGAGAGGUUCUGUGCAAUGACUUCUUUUUGAAAAGAGUCGGAGUUUAUACAAGUAUGCUGAAUGAUGAUUCUGUAAGAGUUCAGUUGGUUGAUGAACACUUGACAAACUGGUAGAAGAUCCUGCGUAUUUUCCCAUCAUUGACUCCGGAGUUAAAUGUCUGGGAUAUGAUCUGAUCAUUACAAAAAGGUUUCAUACAGUGGAUGCAUUCAGCCUGGAAAACUGUCAAGAGACUUAUGAGGACACAAAGGAAAUAGCGAUGGACAAGAGGAUAUCUUAAAAUGGCCUCCACUAAUGGCUUCAAGAAGGAAUUAAUAUCAUCCUUUCACACCCGUGACUUUCUGCAUCUUUGUCAACACCCGUUCAACCACCUUGAGAAGCAAUCAGACCCAUAAAUACAAACAAAUGAAUGAAAUUAGAUUGGCCUAAAGACGCUGAGUCAAAGCUGGCAUGCUGCCACAGAUUUCAGCCUCUUUCCCCCAUUAAAGUUCAGUGCUAGCACAGAGGCUGUCCGCCUCAUCACCCUCCACCUUCUUAUUAUCUAUCAGACUCUAUUUAAUGAGGCAUCAGAAGGAAAGGGGAACCAUGUACUUACUGCUAGUGUUUGUAAUACAGGCCCUGUGGGUGAGUUGGUGUCGUGCCAUGCAGCAUUACCCGGCCUCAUGGGGGCACUAUGACGUUUGUAAAUCCCAGGUUUAUGCAGAGGACCGCCUGGCUUGGCACUAUAUGGCCUGCCAGCCUGAAGCAACCGACAUGACCAAAUACCUGAGAGUGUCGUUGGACCCACCCAACAUUACCUGCGGAGAUCCACCCGAGAUGUACUGUGCUUUGGAAAACCCAUAUAUGUGUAAUAAUGAAUGCGAUGCUGAGACAGAGGAGCUCGCCCAUCCUCCCGAGCUCAUGUUUGACUCCGAGGGACGAAACCCCACAACGUUCUGGCAGUCAACAUCCUGGAAGAAAUACCCAAAGCCCCUUCAGGUGAACAUCACUCUGUCCUGGAACAAAACUAUAGAACUCACAGAUGACAUCGUCCUCACUUUUGAGUCCGGUCGACCUGAGCAAAUGGUCUUGGAGAAGUCACUGGAUUACGGCCGCACGUGGCAGCCCUACCAGUUUUAUGCAUCUGAUUGUUUGGAUGCUUUUACAAUGGAGCCAAAAGCAGUCCACCAACUGACCCCGACCUCCAUGCUGGAAAUCAUCUGUACUGAGGCCUAUUCAACAGGCUACGUGUGGAAGUAUGACAAGACUGUACGUUUUGAGAUCAAAGAUCGUUUUGCCCUUCUCGCCGGCCCAAGGCUGCACAACAUGGCUUCUCUGUACGGGCAGCUGGACACCACCAAGAACCUAAGGGAUUUCUUCACGCUCUCUGACCUUCGCAUCAGACUCCUACGGCCUGCCACCGGAGCCACGAUGGUGGAUGAGAACAACCUCUCUAGAUACUUCUACGCCAUCUCGGACAUCAAAGUGCAGGGCAGGUGCAAGUGCAAUCUCCAUGCCAACAGCUGUGUGUUUGACAAAGGAAAGUUGGGUUGCGAAUGCGAACACAACACCACGGGGCCGGAUUGCGCCCGGUGCAAGAGACACUACCAGGGCCGAGCCUGGAGCAUGGGCUCUUACCUGCCCAUACCCAAGGGCACUGCCAAUAUAUGUAUCCCAAGCAAUCUUGGCACCUCAGUUCGACCAAAUGCUUCUUCCCUUGGAGCAGCAAACCGAAAUCAAGCUCGAGUAUGCGACAACAUCCUCCUGCGCUGUCAGAAUGGAGGUGUGUGCCAUCACCACCAGCGCUGCCAGUGUCCAGCAAGUUUCACCGGCGUACUGUGUGAGAAAUCCCAAUGCCAGGGCGACUCCUGCGAUGAGCUGCAGUCCAGUCAACAGGUCCUCCACCAAACACCUGCCGUUCAGUCUCUCCCGUUGGUCAUUGUCUCCCUCAUCUCUACCCUGCUGGUCACCCGGGGACUACAAUCUCUCUGAGAGAAACACUCAAGCCCCAGAGACAUUGUCCACAGGGAUCCUCAUCUUCCUGUUGGAGGACACAAGCUUCAUUGCUGAAAGGAAGGAUGUCGUGAUACUGUACUUAUUUCUAGAAAACCACAAAGUUUUCUACUCAAUCCUAUAUUAAAUAAUAAUUAAAGUUUGCCAGGGAUGAUGGAUAAACAUACUAAAAACUAGAAAAAUUGAAAAGGGAAAUGAACCAAAAAAAUGACUAUCAAUCUUUGUCUUACAAAUGUUAGAAAAAAACCUAAUCAAUACUCUGUUGCGCUACUCUGAUGUCAUUUGUUGGAUAAAACAUUGUUUUAAGUCUGGUGGCUUGAGGCACAUUUGGAGACAAUUUCUUGAUGUGAAGAAGAAUCAAGAUAUAUUCCCCUGACUGGCACUUACAUUUAAACACACCCUACCAAACUGGCCUCAAACCAGCCCUCUCGCACUUUCCUGUAAUUCUGUAAAGUCAUGCAAAAGCCUCAUCGUCUGUUUUGAGCAAUGCACCAUUGGUGGGAUUGAUGUACAGUAUGUCACACAUGUAUGGGUCCAUUUAUCAACAGCUGAUCAGUCAGACUUUAUUGUUUGACGAUUCACUGGUUAUUCAUUAAAUAUAAAAGAAGAAAGACAACUGUACUGAAAUUUUGUAUUUGGAUAUUUUCAGGACAACGACAUGUAGAAAACCACACGAAGAAAGCCAUGUGACUUUAUGCAUUUCUGUAACCUGUACAAUUAGGGAUGGAUCUUUGUGUGUCUUAUUAUUGCCCUAAUGGGGUAUCACUGCUCAUUUGCUAAUCCUUUUGCUUAAAACAUACGUUUACAUUCUCAACAACUGAACUGUACUGAAGGUUUCACCAAAGGGCUUUGGUGAGGAAUCUUUGUUGCUUGAGGCCAACUAUGUUUGUGAAUUAAAGAUAAGAAAUGAA